AUUCCAUGCAAAAAUGGCUUCCAAUUCAAAGUUUCUCCUCCUACUUAUCAUCUCUAUCUUCCUCGUUUCUCUGUCUCAGGUUUCUUCUUCUUCUUCAUCCGAGGCUGGGAUAGAGGCCCAAGCCCAUCAACCCCAGGUGGUUAAAGGACCAAACCGCAGGUUUUUGGGGUUUGUAGACUGCGGGAGUCUAUGUGCAGUAAGGUGUGGGAAGCAUUCAAGGCCAAACGUGUGCACAAGGGCAUGUGGCACGUGCUGUCAAAGGUGUAACUGUGUGCCACCUGGCACACAUGGCAACAGAGAACAGUGUGGGAGCUGCUACACUGACAUGCUGACUCAUGGAAAUAGGCCUAAGUGUCCGUAGUGUUUAUGUAUGUGUGGUGCUUUUGAGUUUUGGUCUAAAAAUAUGUGGCCAUAUUGUAAUAUUUAAAAGUUCUCUUCCUAAUCCUAUGUAUGCAUGUAAGAAAAAACCUAAUUAUAAUAAAACAGUUG